CACACACGCUGCUGUUUGUGGAUUUAUUACGCCUGUCUGUAACCUUGCAAAAACGAUCUUCUAGUUGGCGAAAACUGCUUUAUUUUGUGAAUAGUAUGUGGACAUAUUAUUGCGGAUUAUGUAAGGACUUGGCUUGAAUGACGGAAGAAAUGUGAAUCAGCUUUUUAUCGGUUAAUAGAGAAGAAUGUUAGUGUUGAUUGUCAACUGUUAAAGAUCGUUGGUGGCAUUAAUGAAAUCUAACUUCAGAGGAUGCGGAAUCUAAACUCUUUAAAAGUAAUAAAUCAUGGACGUUUACUAUCACAAAGACUUAGUGGAUACUGCAUAACACGAUCUGAGGCGUCAGGUUUUUGUCAAAGUCAUGCCAGUCGUGGAAGACGUUUUGUAACUCAACUACAGUCUGCUUCUAAACCACCCUGGAGAAUAUUGUUCUUUGGAAGUGAUGAAUUCGCAGUAGAGUCAUUGAAACGACUUCAUGCAUCCCGUGAUGACACAAAAGCUGGAUACAAAUGCAUAGACUCCAUUGAGGUUGUGACGUUGACCGGAGAUGCUCCAGUCAGAAAGUAUGCAGAGCAGCACAGACUUCCACUUCACCAGUGGCCAGACGUGGAUUUAAGUUCAGGGUUUGAUGUUGGCGUUGUUGUGUCCUUUGGCUGUUUGAUUAAGGAGAACCUUAUCAACAAAAUGGCAUAUGGGAUCCUGAAUGUGCACCCUAGUCUGCUGCCACGCUGGCGUGGUCCAGCGCCCAUCUUCCAUACAAUUCUACAUGGUGAUAGUGUGACAGGAGUAACUGUUAUGCAGAUAAGACCCAAGAGAUUUGAUGUGGGCCCCAUUCUCCAUCAAGAGCUGUGUAAGGUUCCAAAGAACUGUACCGCAGAUGAACUGGGAGCUACUUUGGCGGUUGUGGGUGCCAGACUGUUAAUGGAUACUUUAGCACAUCUUCCAGAAAGGAUAGCAAACCAAAAAGAGCAAUCUAAAGAGGGUGCAACCUUUGCCCCAAAAAUUAGUCCCAGAAUGGCCUGGAUAAUAUGGGAGGACUACAGUUGUGACCAUAUUGAUCGGCUGUUUCAUGCAAUUGGAUCUCGGUUUCCGUUGAAAACCAUGUGGAUGGGCAAUCCUGUUAAACUUCUGGACUUCAUUGGCAAAUGCAAUGUGAUGUUCCCAGCUGCUCCAUAUUUAACUGCAGUCCCAGGGUCUGUGCUUUAUCAGAAAGAAUCAAGUGCUUUACUUGUUCGUUGCAAGGAUGGCUGGGUUGGAUUCAGAUCAGUGAAGUUCAAGAAAAAACUGUCGGCAGCUGAUUUCUUUAAUGGAUAUCUUCACCAGAGUGUGCUGAAGAAAUCUCCAUCCCUAGACACCUGUCUCUUUCAAAGUUAUAAAGAAAGAACUAAUUUGCCCGGAGGACAGGACAAUAGCAUGCUGCUGCAGAAUAAGACUUCAUUUUGAAGCCUAGCAUUAGUUCAAUCAUGAAAUGAUCAAUUAAGUAUUGAACAGCUGCUUCCUAUUUAAACAUUUUUGUCUGUUUUAAGACAAUGUUGUAUUUAGUAUUGUCGUUUGGUAAAUGAAUGUGGAUCCAAUAAAAUUUGUUUUGAUGAUU